AUCUUCCAUUCAAAGUGAAGGGGUACUGCGCGAUUAAAUUCUCAUUCGCGGCAAAUCAUUCUUCCCGAAGGCAGGAUUUGAUCGAUGCUAAUGGAGAGGCAGGGUGAAGAUGACGUCCAUGACUGCACAAUUAAGCUGAGAGUAAAUCCUAAAAAACGGAGAGACAAGGUGUACAUUGGUUGUGGAGCUGGAUUUGGAGGAGAUAGGCCAACUGCAGCUCUUAAAUUGCUUCAGAGGGUUAAAGACCUAAACUAUCUCGUGCUUGAAUGCCUAGCAGAACGCACUCUUGCUGAUCGGCAUCAAGCUAUGUCGUCUGGUGGCGAUGGAUAUGAUUCAAGGAUUGCAGAUUGGAUGAAAUUGCUUCUUCCUUUGGCUGUGAAAAGAAAUAUUUGCAUAAUUACCAACAUGGGUGCAAUGGAUCCCCCUGGGGCUCAGCAAAAUGUUAUAGAAAUAGCAAGCAGUCUGGGGUUGAGUGUUUCGGUUGCAGUUGCUUACGAGGUUUCAGUAAAAGAAUCAGGAAUUAGCACAUAUCUGGGAGCAGCUCCUAUCGUCAAGUGUCUGGAAAAGUACCAUCCAAAUGUCAUAAUUACUUCUCGAGUCGCAGAUGCUGCCCUAUUUAUGGCUCCAAUGGUAGGGAGUGGUUUCUGAUGGUGUUGGCACAAUCUUUUAGCGAUUCGUACUGAUGUUUCUUUUUUCAAUAUAACUUUUGUU